AUGGCGCAGAACCUGAAGGACCUGGCAGGGCGGCUGCCCGCCGGGCCGCGAGGCGUGGGCACUGCCCUUAAGCUGCUGCUGGGCGCCGGCGCCCUGGCCUAUGGCGUCCGCGAAUCUGUCUUCAUCGUGGAAGGUGGCCAGCGGGCCAUCUUCUUCAACCGCAUUGGCGGCGUCCAGCAGGACACCAUCCUCGCCGAAGGGCUACACUUCAGGAUCCCCUGGUUCCAGUAUCCCAUAAUCUACGACAUUCGAGCCAGGCCGCGGAAAAUCUCCUCCCCCACCGGCUCCAAAGACUUACAGAUGGUGAACAUUUCGCUGCGUGUGCUCACACGCCCCAACGCUGCGGAGCUGCCCAGCAUGUACCAGCGCCUGGGCCUGGAUUAUGAGGAGCGUGUGCUGCCCUCCAUUGUUAAUGAAGUACUCAAGAGCGUGGUGGCCAAGUUUAACGCAUCGCAGCUCAUCACCCAGAGAGCCCAGGUGUCUCUGCUCAUCAGGCGGGAGCUGACGGAGCGAGCCAAGGACUUCAGCCUUAUCCUGGACGACGUGGCCAUCACUGAGCUGAGCUUCAGCCGUGAAUACACAGCAGCUGUGGAGGCCAAGCAAGUGGCCCAGCAGGAAGCACAGCGUGCACAGUUUCUGGUUGAGAAGGCCAAGCAGGAACAGAAGCAGAAGAUUGUUCAGGCUGAAGGGGAAGCCACAGCUGCCAAGAUGCUCGGUGAGGCUCUCAGCAGGAAUCCAGGCUACAUCAAGCUGCGCAAGAUCCGAGCUGCUCAAAACAUCUCCAAAACGAUUGCUGGCUCUCAGAACCGUGUGUACCUCACAGCAGACAACUUGGUACUGAACCUGCAGGAUGAGGGCUUCACCAGAGGAAGUGACAGUCUGCUGCUCAAACAAGGAAAGAAAUGAACAAAGUUAAAGCUUCCUGGAACUGGCAGCGCUGCCCAGCAGAGGAUCUGAGUGAGGAGCUUUGACCUCCCUCCUUUAGCAUUGUUUGCCCUGACCCUGAAGUUGCUAAUCCAGUAGCCAGAUUGAGUUCCCAUGCCUCUGCUCUGUGGUGACCCAGUUCUGGGGCUGGGCUCUGCCUCGAGGCCACUGUAAAUCCUUCUUCACUCCACCAGUUGCAUUUGUGGAGGUGGGGAGGGGGCUUACUGAUACUAACCCCAUGGCUAGAGUAAUGAAUUCAUUAAUUUUACAUUUCUCUAGGGUCAAAUCAGAAUUCUUUUGGGCCAACUGAGGGAGUUCUGCUGCCAUCAGUACCAGCCUCCUUUUUUUUCUAGUAAAUUUUGUUUCUCUUUCACUCUUGAUCCCAAAAGAAGCUGGGACUGACUUCAGGGCAAUGUCAUUCAGUGGGUGCCUGCUGCUGCUGGAACAUCUUUGUGUCACUGUCUGCUCAGUGAUUCUUUCAAACAUUUGUAAAAUUAAACCCCACCAACUUU